GGUUUUGUACUUGGACGACAUUAGUCUUCUUUUCAGACACAGAAUGUUCUUUUCUUGGAUUUUCUAUGAUAUGUUGUCACUUCAAUCAGAAGUUUGUUGCAUUUUCUGCAAAUAUGAAACACAUUUAGACGACUGCGUUGUUUUCAAACAAAGCCACAAAACUAAAGAGCUCCAAAACUGUAGAUGUGAGAUAUUUGGCUGCAUAUUUGAACAUCUAUAAAGACGUAAUACAAACUUUAGCUACAUCUUAACUGUGAACUUCACCCUCAGAAAUGCUUGGAGUAAUUUAAGUGAACCAGUUCGACUCUCACUGACGUGCCGUUCAUUAAACGGAUGCGUCAGGGAUUUAGCGUUGCACUUUUCAAAAAAAAAAUGCUUACAAAAUACAGAUUUUAAAGAUAACAUGUCCUGCAUUUUGAUGUAUCCUGUAUUUUCAUCCCUGCUACAAGCCAAACUUAAAACACACUGAAUCCUUCGUUUAAUUUGACUUAAUUCUGUCAUAUAUCUGCUCUUUUUUUGCAGAGAAGGAGGACGAUGAAGAUGAUUUCCUUUAACAUCUUUAAGUUCAGGUGUCUUUCUAGUGAACCCAAGUGAGGGAUGUUUCUACCGGGUUGCAGAUGAGAAAUGCCUGGAGGGUUUUGUUUGUGUGAGGUAUUUGACAUUCAUCUUUUGCUCUAAAGGUUUUCAAGAAGGUGGAUAAAACUAGAAGGAGUGACGAGUGACAUGGUCAUUCUUAUGAGCUUUAGUGUCCCAAAUGAAGGAAGUGGAUGGCUGAAUCAAAACAAAUCCGUGAGUACGGUUUUGAGUAAUGUGAACAGACGGACGGAAGGACAAACAUAGGCUGAUCGUCACAUAACUCCGCCGCCUUCCUUGGUGGAGUAGUAACCGUGCUGAUUACAUACUGGUCAGGCUUGUGUCCAUAGUUAAAUUUAAAAAAAAAAAACACAUUUAAGAUUCAAGCAGCUUUUAAAUGUAUGUUCUGGUCUAGUAAUAUCUUUGCUAGUUCAUUCAAAUGUAAUAAACAUUUAGCUUCCUCUCUGAAGGUGUAUGUUCACUAAUUUGGAUUGACCGGUCUGAGUUGUUUUCUGAAUAGAGUGCCCUUAAUCUUAAUGGGAAACACAAUUUUUACUGAGUGGUCUUUAAGCACGGUGUGAUUAGAAGUGACUGCCACUUUUCAUGACCAAAUUACAACCUUGAUAAGAUGUUUUCCUUGUCAGCUGUCCCGUAGAAUCUACAUAUUGCCCUUUUAUGGCUAGAAAGUCCCCAUAGUACAUUUGUGAGUAAUAUGCCAUGGUUUUGUUUAUUAAAUUUAUAAAUUAUUUAUUUAUCAUUUUUGGCUCCUCCCCUAAAUGAAGCAAGCCUCGAUACGCGCUUCGUGGACACGCCCCCUGCAUUACUCGACACACGCUUCGAAGCCUCGGCACAUCUCGUAACAUCACGAGAGAAAACGCUAUUUUCACGAUGACUGGGAGGAAGAGUUCUUUUUCACGAUAGUGAAAGAUAAAUGUAUGUGUCCUAUUUGCGGGGCGACUAUUGCGUCGGCAAAGCGGCACAAUGUGGAGAGACGCUACUUUAGCCGCUACAAAGCUUCCAUGCUAACUAGCCACCUGCUAGCUCACAUAGACUGUAUGCGCACUACGGACAGGUAAAGCCUGGGACUUAAAGGCAGCUUUGGCUACUACGUGGCGAAAAGUUUCUUCGUGGAGAAAAAUGUACCAUUAGAAAUGCUUAUUUUAGUGACGACUGAGGGGCUCCUUCCAUGACGGGUCGCCAUGCAGGCUUCAUUGUACGAUGCAGAGGUGAUCCAGACUUCCCAACAUUCCUACAUUACCACUGCAUCAUUCACCAGCAGGACAUAUGUAUGUACAAAAGUGGCCGGAUUUGAUCAUGUGAUGACUCGUGUCGUGAAGAUCAUAAAUGGCUCCAAAGCCAAACAACCAGGACAUUGAAGGUGCUGCUGGAGGAGCUGUCAGCUAAACAUGGUGACCUGUUACUACACACAGAAACCCCAUGGAUCAGCAGGGGACCAGUUUUGCAGCGUUUUUUGUCACUGUUGGCCGAAAUCAAAGAGUUGAUGCAAUGCAAAGGAGAGGACAUCUUGCUGCUUGAGGACACUGAGUGGAUUCUUGCCUUUGUAUUUUUAACGGACAUCACUGGGAAACUGAACCAUCUGAACUGUGAGCUGCAAGGUAAAGCUGCCUCAUCCGACCCGAGAGUGCUGAGGUAUAAAACCAGCCGAGGAUCCAUCCCAGUCCAGAGCUCAACCCGGCAGCUAGUCAAGGUACUAUUUCACUCAGUUUUCCACAUUUGUCAAACUUCUUUCCCGUGUGAUUCUAACUUUGUCCUCAUCUUGCAGGGUUGCCAGUCCAACAUGGCCACAGGAGUCAUCAGGAACCUGCCCAUCCAGGCCUCGGCUCCGGCUUACUUCCCCAUGAUCUACCAGCGCUCUCCAUGCAAGGAGGAUGAAGACGAGAAGCUGCAGGAAGAACCAGAGGAGCGAGAGGAUGAGGAGGAGGAGGAGGAGGAGGAGGAGGAUGAGGAGGAGGAGUGUUUAGCUCACUAUGCUCUGGAUGUCACCAAGCAGCUGCUGAGGUUCGCAGACCUCAUCAGCCGGGACGUCCAGCGGUAUUUCGGUCGCUGCGGGGACCAGGAAGCCUGUGACAUCUACAGCGACUCCGUGUCCACGACGACCAGCGGGCGUCUGCGUUACUAUGACGACCUGCUGAGAAUCGCAGGAAGUCCAGAGGAGCAGGAGACGCACGCUGAGGAUGCUAAAGGCAGCAGCAGCCUGGGGCCCCUGGCCGAACUGUUCGACCACAGGGGCCCGAGUCAGAGCCGAGGCCAGCCGAUGAUCAAGCGGCAUCUCCCACUCAGCUUCUGGACUGAACCGAUGCCCUGCUCCUCCCUGGUCAGCUCCAGUAACACACCUGACAACACACACACUCACUACAACCACAACACACACACUCACUACAACCACAACACACACACCCUGGACGGCGCUCAGCCGGACUUCAGCGACCUGCUGGCGAACUGGGACCCGAACCCCGACCUGGGCCACACACUGACGGAGAACUCCCACAUGCAGCAGUAAACAAACACACAAAUAAACAGGAAAACAACAAAACGA